AGUAACUAGAGUGAUCAGCUUCACUUGUUGUUGUCUCUCUCUGUCUCACCAAGGAAGUGUUUCAUGCAUUGCAACGCGCAUUGUAGCUCUCUCGUUUAGUGCUUUGACAUUCUCUUACUGUGCGUGUGUGUGUGUGCGUGUGUGUGCUCCGUCUUUCGUUUCCGAACCUUCACUCAUUGUUCCACUCGCUUAAUUGUUCUUGUCGUUGUCGUUGUCGUUUCCUUCACAAGCACGGUCACCAUGGCGUUGCGAAGCCUCGCUGUGAUGGAGGGCAUCUUCUCCGUGCUGGUGUACAGCAGCUGCAGUAUCAGCAUGAUUUUGCUGAACAAGCUCAUCAUGAACACAUACGAUAUGAACUACCCGAACGGUAUUCUGAUUCUGCAGUCCGGCGGUGCAGUAGCCAUCAUUUCGGCAGCCAAAGCGGUAAAGCUGGUGGACUACCCCGCGUUUUCAAAGGAUGUGGCACGGAAGUGGCUGCCGCUGACCCUCAUGUUCGUGUCGAUGCUGCUCACCUCGAUGCUGAGCCUGGGCACGAUGUCUGUGGCGGCGCAGACGGUGCUGAAGAACCUCGCGGUGGUGCUCACUGCCCUCGGUGACAACUUCUUCUACCACAAGCCGCAGACCCCCGCCGUGUACUCGGCCUUUGCCCUCAUGAUCCUGGGCAGUUACCUCGGUGCGAAAGGGGACCAGUGGGUGACGGCGAAAGGUCUCUUCUGGACCUUCUUGAACAUCAUCGCCACAGCCUCGUACACGCUGUACAUGCGCGCCGUCCUCGGCGCCGUCAGCAGCUCGAUCGGUCGCUAUGGACCUGUCUUUUACAACAACCUUCUCUCGCUGCCCUUCUUUUUGGUGAUGGGCUUCUUUGAGAUCGCGCCAUUUAUCGAUGCCAUCGGCAAGGCGACGGUGGCGGGCAAGGUUGCCCUCACUUUCUCGGUGCUGGUGAGCUCGGCCAUGACGUUCGGCGUGUUCUGGUGCAUGGAGCUGACCUCCCCGACCACCCUCAGCGUCGUUGGCUCGCUCAACAAGAUCCCGAUGACCUUCCUCGGCAUGCUGAUCUUCAACCAGUUCCCGCAGCCGAUCGGGUACGUCGGCAUCGCGAUUGCGAUCGGCGCUGGCUUCCUUUACACGUACCUGAACAUUCUCGCCAACCGGGCCAAGGCGGCCAAGGACAAGGAGGCGGCGGAGCACGAUAAGGCGAACGGGGUGACGAAAAACGAUAUUGUUAUCCGGGUGGACGGCGAGGAGGAGGGCGGCAAGCUUCAUUCGCACCAUAGCUCUUCGUCGACCCCCAACUUCCAGCCCUCGAAGGAGGAAUGA